AUGGCUUUCGGCUUGACGAUGGGCACGGAGCGUGCGACGGCGCUUCAGAAUGCGAUCCAGGACGAGCUCAUGAAGCGGCAGUAUAGCACAGAGCCAGACCCCGUCAUGGCCGAAUAUAUCACCAUCAUGGUCAUCAACAAUAAAACGGCAGCCCAGAUCACCUCAGAACUAGAAGACCUCAUUGGUUCGGAUUUUGACGCCAGUUUCGUCGACUGGCUUUUCGCGGAAGCCGGGAAGGGUGCCCCUGAAGCGGAGGCCCCCGCCCCACCAGAGCCCUCAACAUCGAUACAAGCACCCGUUCGCGACUCGCCACCCCAUCAGGCAGCUGACAACCGUCGACCUCCGAACGGCCCUCGUGCAGGCGCCCCGUUGUACCAGCAAGCCCUGUCUCAAGCUAUUCCGUCUACAUCCCCCCCUUCUCAGAAACGAACCGCCUCAGCACGUUCUCCGUCGCCGGGUGGACACCCUCCCGCGAAGUCACGACGCACAGACUUGCCUACCGGUCCGCGCGCGAUGUUCCGGGAGCGUGAUGGACACGGUCCCGGCGGUUCGCGCAGUCUUCUCGACCGUGUUGGCCCCAGAGGCGGUCAGGGACCUCAGAGUUACCCGCGCGACGAUGUCCAAGCGCGUAUCGACAGCAUCACCAAUGGCCCGGGCCCCGACCCGAAUAUGAUGAUGAUGAACGGUGGCUUCCCUAUGGGAGCCAUGCCCGGGAUGGACAUGGGGGCGAUGGCUAUGGCGAAUCCGUUGAUGCUACAGGAGCUGAUGAUGAGCCAAAUGGCGAUGAUGUCGCAAAUAGCGGGCGCUAUGGGUAUCAUGAACCCCGCCACGGGGCAGUUCAUGAACAACGGGUUCCCUAUGCAGCAAGGGAUGGGGGACAUGAACGGGUUCAACAACGGGAUGGGCGGUCAGAUGGGCCAGGGAGGUGAUGGAAACGGACGUGGACGGGGAAGGGGCCGGGGAGGGCCGACGAGGGGAGCGGGACGUGGACGAGGAGGACAUACUGGACACCACGUCGGUGAGCCGUCAGUCAACGAUGGCACACCAGCUCCGGCGUCGGCUGCACCCACACCGCAACCUGUUGCGUCGAUACUGCCGUCGAAAUCUGCGCCCUCCACGCUGGUAACGCCUAUCCCUAUCACACCAACUUCGUCCAUGGGCUCCGCGCGUCCCGGAUUCGUACCGCCAGAACGUCCUCAGUCGCCGACGCUAUGCAAAUUCGCCCUCAAGUGUACGAACCCCGUCUGUCGAUAUUCGCACCCAUCGCCCGUCGCCACAGCCGAGAGCGGUAUCGUCCUGAGCAACGAUCCGUGCGAGAACGGCAAGGAUUGCAAGGACAAGGACUGUAUCAAGGCGCACGUCAGCCCUGCCGUACUCAAUAUCAGUGCGGAGGUGCCAAAACCUCAAAGCUACGUUCCUACUCCCGCUCCGACGCCGCAAGGGGCUACCCCCUGUCGUUACGGCGCCGCGUGCACCCGUCCCAGCUGCACCUUCUCCCACCCGCCACGUCCCUCCAGUCACCAUGCCUCCAUCCCGUGCAAAUUCGGCACCGCGUGUACGCGCGUCACCUGCCCUUACCAGCAUCCUGAGGGUCGUGUCCUGCCCACAUCUUUCCAUCGCGGUCUAACGACGAGCGGUGGACUGGUUAACGUGCCGAGUCCGGAGACCGGCUCGAUUGGCGCACAGAGCCACCACAAGAGCGUGACGUUCAAGCGGCCAGACGGGACGCCGACGACGGCGGCGGAGCUGGAAAAGAAGGUGAAGGAGAUGGAGGAGCGCAAGAACGAGGCACAGAAGGCGAUCGCGCAGGCUCAGGCGGGCAAGAAGGACGACGCGUCGCCUACCGUCCCGAUCUCGGCGUGAGCGGGGGCCGCGUCGCUCUCCUUUUGUCAUGUCUUGGAGUACUCGCCUUGUGCUAGCGCGCAUAUCGCUCAAUGCGAACCCGGCGGAAAAUGUUUCUUUUGCUGUUGUCUGUUGUGUCCGCGUUCUAUGGACGAACCGUAGAUGUCCUCUGCUGAGCUGUAGUAUGUUACUUACUCGUCAUUCGUCACGAAUGUUUGCGCUGCUUCCACCCUUAUCCCUCUCCUCUCUAUCACCACCGUUAUCUGGAAUGUUUGUGCGCAUGCACAAAUACUCGUAUUACUUGGAGGAUCGGGCUCAAUGACAAAUCUCAAGGGCAGUGCUUGGCGCAUUCGCCUGGACAUCCAAGUCCUCUCCA